AUGUCAACACAAUACUCCAACGAAAUUCCCUUUUCCGCAAACCACACACAACAAGCCUUCAAAUUUCUCGAAUUACCUCCAGAGUUACUCGCACUACUUGAAUCCGAUACCCCUCCCACCCUAACCAUACUCCCCUCCCCCACCCCACCCCACCACGCACACCUUACUGUCCUCACCACCUCCUCCUCCACCUCCCUUACCCCCUCUCCCGGCAAAACAUCAACCUACCUCCUCCGCCAAAAAAACACUUCCAACCCACUUAUACUACUCGCCCCCUCCAGCACCCCAUUCCCCUCGCCAAACGACCCUUCACCAUCAUCCUCAUCCUCACCCUCAUCCCCAUCCUCCAUCCCACUCCCAUCCAUAACCUGCAUAUCCACCAUCUCCGAAACCAUCGAAUUAAUCACCCACACGCCCGAAAUCUCUGACCCCGAUAUCCCGCAAGACGAAGACGGUCAAAAACCACUCAUCAACCUCGACUCUAAGUCCAAGCCAGAGUCUAAUAAGCCCAAACUCAAUAAGUGGCAUGAGAAAUUUGCGAAGACGCGAAAUAGAUAG